UAUAUAGGAAAACAGUUAAUCGUAUAGUUCGACGUUCUCCUUUCACUGCAACAGCGCGGCAAGGAUAUGUGGUAGAAGCCGCCACCGAUACACGCCAGUAAUAAGUGGAUAAAUUUGCUCUCCUGAAGCCGAAUAUCAUCGCCAUGGACGUGAAUUUCAGGCUAGGGAUCGCAUUAAUACUGAUCGCACUGUGUCAGGAAGCGACCUUAUUGGAAUUGCCCGCUCAGAACAGUAAUGGCAACAGCAGUCCUCACAAAGCCGCUCGUAGCACACUGCUCGAUAAUGGACUCACGCGUACAUUAAAGCAUAUUUACGGUAUUUGUGGUGAUCGAGAUGAUCUCUUUUGGUGCUUCAAGGUGCAGGCAGCACGCAUGUUGGGACGCGCGUUGAAAGUGCACAACAUAAAUAUCUUGGAGGGAGUCACCAUUAUCAAGAAGGUGGAAAAUGAGACACGGACUGCCCGUGCGAGCGCAAAUGCGGAUUUAAUUCUGAAUAAUCGCGAUUUGGAUAAUCUGUCGAUGAAAAGCUUGGAUGCGCUGUUACUGGAGCGGUUUUUGCGCUUCGUUGACAGUCGACAGCUGCAGGUGAAUUUACCGCGCCUACUUAAUUUCGGACAGCGUAAUGGGCAAGAUUUCUUUGGCUCGGCAAUGGGUUACUUCCAAAAAUUUGCUUUAGGUGACGUGGACGCUGACAAUGCUGUAGAUGAGGGACGUAAAAAGAAGGGCGACGAUAAGAAGUACUUGGGUCCAUUUAUUGCGGCUGUAAUGCUAAAGACGGCCAUACUGAAGAUGGCCUAUCACUCUAUUGCAAUUAUCGCGGGCAAGGCACUGAUCGUGGGAAAAAUUGCGCUCAUAAUCAGCGCCAUAAUUGGACUCAAGAAGUUGGUGUCGGCGGAGGGUGGUGAAAAGACCACUUACGAAAUAGUGAAACACCCACAAGUACAGCACAGCCAAACCUAUUCAUCAAGUCAUGCGGGCGAAUACGAGGCUGGGCAUGAAAGUGGCUCUUACCAUCGCAGCAUCGAUGACGAGAUGAUGAUGCAGGAUAAGGCUUACAACGCUUGGGUGCCGUCGCGUGUGCAUUCAUAAGAACGCUAAAUUAUGUCAAUGUAUAGAGUGUGGUUAUAUAUUGGAGUAUACAUCGAAGCGGCGUUGUUGAAGAGAGUCGUCUUUGUCGCAGUUAAGCGAUCUUACGUCAAACCAAAGCUGAUCACCAAAAAGUAGGAAAUAUAUGGAAUAUUGAAAAUGACAAUUGAAACUUAGGUAACUUAUUCACGUUUAGUAAGGCACA